GCACCCCAAUUUUUUUCAAACUUUAUUUAUUUAUUUUACCCCGGGCGCACUUUGAGAAAGUGUGAAUGUUAGCAAUGCAGUAUGCGCCGUUUCGUAUAACGAAGUACUUGCACCGAAUAUAAUAUUACAGUUGUACUAAUAACUUCAUUAUGCUUUUAUAAUAAAACCUAUAUUAAAGUCGGCUGUGCUUUAAGUACCAUUACAACAAAGUAACGGCACACUUUCAUAUCGAUUAUACUCGAACAGGGUACUAUUAUUUUAAAAGGUGCCGUAAAAACGUGAAACGCCUUCCAAAUAAUUCACCUUAUUCCUUAGCGCCCGAACGCGGGGUGACGUAAUGGCCACCACGUACGAUGACGUCAGUGCGUGACGUCACUGCAGGUUACCGCUUCACAACAUUGAGACGGCUUUACGAACAAUAACAUCUCAUAGCCGGGGUAAUCCAAGCGCAGCAGCGCAGCGUUGUUGCUUUAGAGUCGAAAUUUGUCAACAAUCUCCCCUCGGCACAAAACAUCGCGGUGUGGCCGCUGCUCGAGGCCAUGGGCAAGAGUUGCAAGGUGGUGGUGUGCGGAUUGUCCUCGGUGGGGAAGACAGCCAUCUUAGAGCAGCUGUUGUAUGGUAACCACAAAGUCGGUGAGAAGUUCGCGCCGCUCUUCUCAACCUUGAUCGGUUCGGAGACCAACGAGACCCAGGAGGACAUCUACGUGGCGUCGAUGGAGACGGAGCGCGGCGUGCGCGAGCAGGUCCGCCUGUACGACACGCGCGGCCUGCGCGAAGGCGGCGUGGAGCUGCCACGUCACCUCCUCGCGCUGGGCGACGGCUUCGUGCUCGUGUACAGCAUAGACUCGCGCGAGUCCUACCGCCGCGUCGAGAGCCUCAAGAAGGAAAUCGACAAGGCCCGCGACAAGAAAGAGGUAACCAUCCUGGUGCUGGGAAACAAGAGUGACCUGGCGGACUACCGGCAAGUAGAGGCAGAGGCAGCUCAGCUUUGGGCCAAGAACGAAAAGGUGCGGCUGUGGGAGGUUACGGUGACAGACCGACGGACGUUGCUGGAGCCUUUCGUGUACCUGGCCAGCAAGAUGACCCAGCCACAGAGCAAGUCUACCUUCCCUCUGAGCCGCAAGAGCAAGGCUGGGUCCUCUUUCGAGAGCUGAGCUUUUGGGGAAGCAUUCUUACUUUUCCUGCUGCAGCAGUGAUAAGUGAAAUAAAACACACUUGUUGUUCAAGAGUCACAAAGCCACAAAUCCUGGUUGCCACAGCAUUGGUCUUCCUGGUCUACAAGUGUGGUUGCUGGGUUUUUCAUUACAUUCCUCAAAAGCCUUUUCGCGUCCCAGCAUGCAAACAAAAGUCAAAUGGGACUCUCCGUUUGUGCACUGUAACAUAUGCCACUAACCUCGAGAUAUAUUUAUUUUAUUACAGAAACUUUGAGUUGACAAGUUAUUGCAACAUUGUGAGAGCCUUGUAAAACAUCUAACGGGAACAUCUAAUAGCUGAUCAGGAUUUGAAUAACACAUUUGGCAUAAUUCUGAUGUGGCGCACAGUGGAAUCUUCUUCACGCUGCUUUGUCAAUUUAAGUCCGUGGCUGCUUAUAAAAGCUUUGGUGGCAUUGCUUAAAAUUAGUUUGAGGGUAAAGUUAUUGUUGUUCAUAAGCUUAUUUUUCCAAUUGUGUAGUAAUAGUAAUUUUGAUUUAUAAAGUGCCCUUCGUGAAUGUAUCUCAGAUUUCUACAAAUGUAAAGGGGGAUGGAAUUAAUAUGUAAUCAGGGAGAGAAAGCCUAAAGGGAAAAUUUUCGAAGGCUUUAAAUAGGUGAGUUUUUUAGCCAGGACUUAAGUGUGUCCAUUGACUCCAAGUUCCUAACCUCCAGGAGCAGGUAAUUCCAGCACCUGGGUGCCAUACAAAUAAAAGCCCCAUCACCCCAGAGUCAAAGCCUGGAGCAUAUUGCAUCGAGUAGGACACGAUUGGUAGACCUUGGAGAUGUCAGUGAUGUAUGGCUGAACCAACUUUUGUAUUAGUGUGGAGCAAGCCCGUUUAAAGCCUUUUACAAAAGUAUGAGAAUCUUAUAAUCAACGCGGGUUUGAACUGGGAGCCAAUGCAAGAGACAUGAGCACAGGCCUGAGACACGAUCCCAAAUAGGGGUACGAGUGAGUACCUUGGCUGCAUGUACAUUAUGUACGUAAUUUUCCUCUAUUGGAAGGACACUGAGUUAAAACGACCAUCCUUUAGAUAAAACAGACCAUAGGUGUCAGCACUUGCUUGGGGAAUGGACGGUCUAUUGAGUACACAGAUACUUCCUUGCCAAUGAGUCAUGGGGGGGGGGGGGGUGGGAACAAAAAUUGUGAUCCGAUCAUAUUUGAUCAUAGCUCGGCAAUAUGACAUCUUCCGUCUUGAGUUGUAUGCAUAGAUCCGUAAUGUAGCUUGCAUUAUGGAUCUAUGCAGUAGCUAACCAUCGCCAGUUGCCAUUCGCAACCCUUGUUGCAAGAGACCGCUCGCUGUCCCAUUACAAAGUGUUAUUUUCGAUUUAUGACCCCUUAGGACAAGAGUCAUGACCACGACCGCCUGCUCGCAUGGCCCAUAAAUUGACACCCCAAAGAGGUGCCAAUGAGUGCUGCCCCAGCACUGCAGCAUGUUACAGAAACUUUGUAAACUAUAACGGACCCUUAUAACGACCCAGAGGGCUGCAAGCCUAAAACAAAUGGCUGCAACAUUCGCUGCUUACUCAUUUCGAGCAAGAAUGAUGUCUUGAUGCACUCCUGUUUAAAAUAAUUCCUUGUAUUUCCAAGAAAGUGAUCUACACAUGAUAUUUUUUUUCAUUCAUGGAAAAAAAGUUCUAUAUGUAGGCAAAUGUCUCUGACUGGGACAAGAAUAAAUCAAUUUAUAUAUUUAAAAAACGAUAACUGAAUUUCAAAGCAUUAUUAUCCAGCACAGCAAACUCUGCUAGACCACAUCUGGUCAAAUGUAAACAGGGAGUCCCAAAGCCAACAAUAAUAUUAAGUAGCACAUGUUUCUCUCGCAGGAGAGAAAUGUCGAAAUUAGUUUUUAAUCUUCGCAACUCAAGUGCUCCCAUUUAUUUAACAUAAUGAAAUUCUCUGUUGAAAUUAGUUGGAGGAUGCUCGGAUAAAUGGCAUCCUAGCCCUUGGCUAGUUGCAUGAUGGUGACAGAGAGUGGACUUGGCUGCCAUAUCCUUCCAAUCUGUGUUCAAGCGCAGUGGACUUGGCAGAAAAGCCAAGGUCUCGAACCUCGUUUUCAUGAAAGGUCUUGAGAGCACCAUUGGUUUGUAGUGCACGCUGUGACCACGCAGUCGGGGCAGGAAAGCACGUGCUAAGAUGACGAUAGAGCAGCGCUCCCAUGUUUAUCCCAGCUGCUUCGAUGACGAUUUUAAGAUUAUUUUUUGCGCCACAAGCCUCCCUGAAUUCUGAAAUUAUUUGCAUGCAUUUUUCCUGUAAAAGGCUAUCUUAACUGAUGCAUAUUGUGAUCGAUAUUGUUUGUGGUGUGUGUACGCUCACAGUUGGUAAAGUUUAUUGUUGAUAAAUUAUACACGUUUGGAAGCUGGGUAGCUCAGUUGUCUGCACUCGUUUUUAAGUUGACAGUCACAUUCCCGCAGCUGCCCAGUAAUUUCUGCAGGCGAAUUACCAAAGUAUGUUGUCUGCUGUGAAGUUUAAAUUAAACAGCCUGUUACAUCCCAUGAGUAAGCUAUUGACAAAAACGCUUAUCUUCCCCCCCCCCCCCCCCCAAAUUCUAAUGAAGUUCUGUCACUCGGUUUAGGUCAUCUUUGAAGAUUCACCUCCCCACCGAUUUGAUGUUCUUGUAGCAAUUGGAGGUCACGAUUCGAUACAAGAAUCUGUCUAAUUUUUGCCACCUAGUUUGUAUUUUUAUUUCUUUACUGCUUUGUUCGCUUCAGCCUACAUUUUUCAGCUAUAAUUUGAAUACAUUAAAUAAUUCCUUAUUACAUGCACGAUUAUAUGCAUGUAUCAUAAAGGCUAAGAAUAUAUUUCAUUGAUGCAUCAUUGCCUAUUUAAUAUAAAAUGGAGUGUACCAUUCACGAAACAUGGAUGUGUAUUUAAGUGGAAGGAAAUGGCACCACUACUUCAACAUUCCAAGAGUCAUUUGUUAUAUAUUAUAUUCAGACUCAGAAUAUUUAUUUAUACUGGAGGAAUCCGAUGAGCUAUAAAGCUCUUUCCCACAUCUCCAGUCGGGUCAGAUCAGACCGUAACAACAACAAACAAUAUAAAACACUAUAGGAGUGCAAAGUGUAGGACAGGUAAACAAGUCACUUGAAAAAUAUAUACAAAUAAAACUUAACAAUUUUUAUCUUACCAGGUAAAGCCUACUGAGAUAUUAGCCUAUUUUUGAGAAGCGACCUGGACACAAAUGAUAGCUCAUCUAAAUGGCUUAUCAUGUGGGAAUGUAUUGCAGCAAUUUAAUCCUAAUAAUCUAAAUGCAACGCAGAAUAUUGAUGCCUUUUUCAUUUCUGCCGAACACUGGGUUUCAGUUACUAAAAAAAAAAAAUCUGUCUUGGUAUAAUAUCUGGCCUUGUUGUGGUAACAUAUCUGUAUACCUGCUCGUGAUGUAUUGUUGAGCACGUUUUGGCAGGUGUUAUUUGUUUCGGAAAGACCGUGAUGUGUUGUGCUUGCGCGGUUCCUGAGCUCGUCUAGAUUGCAUUCUCGACAACAAUCCUCGUUAUGGUAUUCCCUAACAGUAGAAUUUUUUAAGACGUUUUUUUAAUAGUGCAUGAAGUUUGUGUGGAUGGUUUAUUUUAAGUAUUUUUCAUAAUGUCCUGGGUUUUCCUCCUGUAAAUAAAGUGUUGAUGGGUCUUAA